AUGUCACAACUUCCUAUGAACGUGUUGGACAGAAAUGUCCGGGCAUACAACAGGGAAGAAAGAGCAUUAAUUGAUGUAUACAAAGAGGAUUAUAUCACGUCAUCUACACCAAACAACCGGGCUGCAAUAGUUAAUACAAAAAUGUUUCCUGCCCUUAAAACGCACUGGGACAAAAAUGGGAUCAACUAUGAUCCUGUCAAAGCCAAAAUGGACUUGUUAAAGUGGGCUCAAAACUGCUGGAGACUAUCUUCUCAGAAAGGAGUUCCAAAGUCCUCUAAAGUCCUCAAAGUACGAAAAUCAGAUGUUGUGGCACGCACUAUGAAGGAUGCCGUCGAAGCUGAGAUUGAUGCUUUGUUGGACCCUGAAGAUUCUAACAAAAUCCAAAAAAGGUUUUCUGUUCGUAACCUGGCGGUUAGCAAUAUCAUCAAAAGGAUGACCUCAACAGAAUUGAAAAACCUGGAAGAAAAAGCGGACAAAAUGUCAGAAGAAGGAUAUCCUCAAGAAAUUUGUCGACAACUUGCCGAAAAACAUUCCGAAACUCGCUUGAAAGCCAGCGCAAAAGCUCACUGGCUGGAGUUGGGAUUUCUUUCUGUCACAUUCGCUGCUUUUGAGGAUUCCACUGGUAGGGUUGUGGCUGAAAUACAUGACGACAUUGCGGAAUUGCUGGGUGUUCAAAAGUCCAUGAAGAUUAAGUCCUUUGAGGAAACUUACCCAAAGCAAGCUCACGAGAUACAACGUCUGAUGAUUGAAUAUGUUCGCAAUGUCAUUGACAAAUCACAAGGAAGAGAGAUGAUUGCAGCUCAGGAAAACACUUUGGGGAGUAGCGACGAUGGGUUUCCAAUCAUUGGGCCAAGUUGGAACAAAGAGAAGUUAGGCAAGGCCGACGCUUCUAAACUGUAUCGUGAAUAUCUUUCAAAGCAUUACAAAUUGGCAACAAAUGGUCGAACUGAACAAGUACCUUACGGUGACAUUAUGAUGGAUGUCUCAAAAUUCAUCCACAAGGACUACCUGCCUUUGGGAUUUGUAUUCAAGGACCCUCAUAACACUGGUAUAGACGACAUUAAAGCAUUCUUUGACCACAUAUAUGAUCGUGAGCAGAAUGUACAACCUGCCGAGGUCUUUCGUUUUCACAGCAUUACCACUUCACGUAUCAAUGGAACUGUGGUCCCGGCUUGCUACGGAAAUGGACCCGAAAACCAUGAAGAUGUUCCUGCUCCAUUGAAUAAACGACAGCGGCGAAAAAACAAAAAAAGCGCUCAGCAAAAGCCAGAUUCUGUGAACACUGUCAACACCAACAAUGCCGACGUGUUGCCUCGCCCAAAUUCCGAUGGCGAAAUCAAUGCAGAAACUCUAGCUCACCCGGAAUUGCCUGGUAAAAGCAAUGCUGAAACGACUCACCCGGGGGUCUAUCGAAAGGAGAGUGUUGGAGUACCUGUUCGCCUUCACAAUCAUGGCGAGGGAAAUGCCGACACACCUAACCGCCUUCAUAAUCAUGGCGAGGGGAAUGCCGACACACCUAACGGCCUAGUCAGUAAUGGAGGAAGCAAUGCCAACAGAGGAUUACAGCUCAAUGUGGAUGGUGAAAUCGUGGAAUACCAUCCUAAGCUUUCUCGGCAUAACGUUCUUGGCCGAAUUGAUCCUCUACAGGUUGACGACGAGGUCAUGUUCCAAUACCUAUGCGAUAUAGGUGCCUUUAGCUUUCCACCAUUAGAAAAUGUGACUGUACCUGUUGCGUCAUCGAGCUCUGGCCAAUCUUCUACCACCAAUGCUAUGCCACAGUUAUCGUUUACUGAAAUGCUGAUGGAAGAUUACCAUGUGCCGGGUGGUAACCUGUUUGAUAUAUCAGAAACGCCAUCUAUGGCAAGAAACACUAUUGGAAAUUCCAAAUCAAUUACCAAUGGUCCAGCGCCUGUUGGAAUGAGCUUGGAACUUCCAUCUAUGGUAAACAAUGAAUGGAGUUAUACGGGAAUGAUGAAUGAAAAUGCCAAAAAUGAUACCGCGAUACGCGUUUCCAAUGACGCCGCCAAGGCCUACAUGGAUACCAUUCCUCAAGCAAGUGCUGUUCAAUCCCGUGUUCCAUCCCCAAAACCCCUUGUAUGGCGUCAGGUUAAUAUGAAUCCUACACUGGCGCCAACAUAUUCAGAUGAAGAGAUGAUAACGGGUACGACAAUCCAAUUGAAAACUGCAAACACACCUACAAUCAUUAAGGCUGCAGGAGAAUUGAAUGAUGCCAGCCAAGAAACACAUGGUUUGAAUGAGCACUCAGCUUCUAAACAACCGAGGGUGCGCACAGCAAGAAACAAAAGGGUUGUUUCAGAUUCAUCUCCAGCCCAAAUUUUGAACCGCGUACUCACUGACAUGCCAAUGACCCCCACCAAAGCAACCUCUCAACCACCCAAAUCCAAUGCCGUUGCUUCCAAGAAGCCUGUAGAAACAUCCCAUAAUUUGAAUGGCUUGGAACAACCUGCAAAAGGUGUUGUUAAUCAAUCCAAGCGAAAAGCAAAUACUGCCGUCGAUGAGUCUGGGAAUGCUCAGAAUGGUCGAACUGCUAAAAAAGUCAUGACCUCCGAUGUUUUGGCUAUGCAUGAGGCCGAUAGCAUGAAGGUAAAGGGAAAGCGAGUCCCCAAGAAGAGAAUACGAGAGUAA